AUGGAACCCACAGCAGGGCCUGUGCUCUACCAGAAGCUGCUGGUCUGGGAACCAAGCUUGGAGUCUGAGGAGGAAGAGGGGGAGAUAUCGGAGCAGCUCAUUCCAGAUCCCUCGGGGCCCCAGGACUCCUCUGGGAACAAGGCUGGCAGUCUGCCCGGGGCCUGGGCCCAACUGCUGGCUGCCCUGCUGCUGCUGCUGGCCGCUGGCUUCUCCCUGGCCGCAAGGCAACUCCGCAGCAGCGGUGCCUCUCCAGGAACCUUGGGCUCUGGGGCCGCUCCAGCCAUCAGGCACUCCCACAGGCCUGGCGUGUACCACCGCGGCGGCUACAGCAGCCCUACAGCCACCUGCUCCCACCUGGGUCGAGAGCUGUUUGUUGCCGGGGGCAACGUCGUGGAUGCUGGAGUUGGAGCAGCUUUGUGUCUGGCGGUGGUGCAUCCUCACGCCACAGGGCUAGGUGCCAUGUUCUGGGGCCUCUUCCAUAAUAGCUCCUCAGGCAACUCAACUGCCCUGACGUCAGGCCCAGUCCAGACCCUGGCCCCCGGCCUGGGGCUACCCUGGGCUCUGCCUGCCCUGCAUUUGCUACACACACACUUUGGCAGCCUGCCCUGGCCACACCUGCUGGUAGGCCCCACCACGCUGGCUCAAGAGGGCUUUCUGGUAGACACAUCCCUGGCCAGGGCUCUGGCAGCCCAGGGCACAAAGGGCCUCUGUCCCCUACUUUGCCACACUGAUGGGACUCCCCUGGGCCCUGGGGCCCGAGCCACCAACCCCAAACUGGCAGCUGUGCUCCACCGGGCUGCACUUGCCCCAGCCCCAGACCUUGCCGGGGAUGCUCUACUCAGUCUGCUGGCCGGAGACCUGGGGCUGGAGGGCCCCUCAGCUAGGCCCAUGCCCACCUUGGAGCCAGCACUGCAGCUACCUGUGCCCCAGGGCAUCCUGUUCACCACCCCCAGCCCCUCAGCUGGCCCGGAACUCCUGGAACUGCUGGAGGCAGCUCUAUAGUCCGGGGCACAGCCCUGCCCAGCACUCCUACAAGCUGCUGUCUCCCCCGGGAGCGGUGUCCUGGCCAUGGACAGCAGCGGCUCUGUGCUCCUUCUCACCUCCUCGCUCAACAGUUCCUUUGGCUCUGGACACCUGUCCCCAGGCACCGGGGUUCUACUCAGCAACCUGGUGGCCGAGUCUGCAAACAGUGCCUGGGCCUGUCCCCUCAUCCUUCUUGACAGCUCAGAUGACACAGAGGCCGCUGUGUUGGGGCUCGUGGCUUCAGGGACCCCUGCAGCUGCCAGAGUCAUGGCUCACACACUGCUCAGCCACUCGGCUGGGCCCCAAACCCAGGCCCAGCAAGGACCAGCAGAGAGCCCCGGAGCUUGUGGCCAAGGGACCCUGCUUCAGGUGGCAGCCCACGCAGAGCACGCCCAUGUCUCCAGUGUCCCCAGUAGCUGCUGCUCCUUUCAGGGGUUUUAA